AGCUCGAGCUUCUUCAAGAGCAGCUGCGCAAGAAGGUGGGCCUCUUCGACUGCGACGCCUAUUCGGUGCUGAGCAGCCGCGAGAUGGAGCUGAGCGCGGGGCCGCCGCGCGUAGUGACGGAGAUCGUGCUCGGGUCGCUCAAGUGCGAGAUCGGUGGCGAGUACAUGACGGCGCUGAAUUCCGAGAUCUUCGUCCGCGUGUGGAAGAAGGUCGCCGAGAUCGGCACCUGGAGGCAGCACGACUGGACCCUCAAGCUCGACCCGGACUGCGUCUUCCUCCCCUGGCGCCUCCAGUCCCGGCUGAAGGGCAGCAGCGCCGACGACGAGGUGUACAUCAACAACUUCAAAGAGGGGCUGCACGGCCCGAUCGAGGUUCUCUCGCGCAAGGCCUUCGAAGUCUACGAUGGGGGCAUGGAGAGGUGCGUCUCCGAGCUGAGCCACGAGUGGACCAUCUGGGGCGAGGACGUGUUCCUGAGGCACUGCCUCGGCACCCUGGGCGUCAACCGCGUGGACGACUUCGGCCUCCUCACCGAGACCUUCGACCACACCCUCCCGGACUGCAGCUCCUCCAGCUCGGCGGCCUUCCACCCUCUUAAGAAGCCCGAGGACUGGUUCGCCUGCCUCGGCAAGACGGAGGAGUGAGCGCCCGGCGGUGGCGUGCGCGCCAGGACUCGCCCAGGGGGGGGGGGGCUGUGGUCUUCUCUUCCGCCGCCCGUCUCCGCCCUUCUCGGCCCUUCUCUUCCUCCCCUCCCUCCUCGCCUGCUCGUUCUCGCCGCCUGCUCCCCCUAGAGCUCCAGGCAGCCCCGACCGAGCUGGCCUGGGAGGCUCGCUGCCUCCCGCGCCCCCCCUCCGUCUCCAGGCUGCAUGUAGGGAGAGAAUUCGCCGCCUCGUCUUGUGCCCAAUUCGUGCGGCGGCGCCCGCGCGCCGCCUGGAGGAGAAGGGUGAGG